UCAAUGCUACUUUUGUAUAAUGUCGUAAAUUGUAUUUGAACAUCUAUUAUAACACUGUACUUCGUGCCUACAGUAGUGACGUGUCUUUAGUCGUGUCAGAUAUUACAGGUUAGAAGGAGGGAAUGUUUUUUUAAAUACAAUUUUAUUAGAUAUUUAAAUCAAACAUGUUGACAAAAUUUGAAACAAAAUCCGCCCGAGUAAAGGGGAUAUCGUUUCAUCCAAAACGUCCUUGGAUUCUUGUAAGUUUACACAAUGGAGUUAUACAAUUAUGGGACUAUCGUAUGUGUACUUUGUUAGAUAAAUUUGAUGAACAUGAUGGUCCUGUUAGAGGAAUUUGUUUCCAUAGUCAGCAACCGCUAUUUGCAUCUGGUGGUGAUGAUUAUAAGAUUAAAGUAUGGAAUUACAAACAACGUAGAUGCAUUUUUACACUAUUAGGUCACUUGGAUUACAUUAGAACAAUUGUAUUCCAUCAAGAAUACCCAUGGAUUUUAAGCGCAUCAGAUGACCAAACAAUUCGUAUUUGGAACUGGCAAAGUCGUACCUGUAUCUGUGUCUUAACUGGACACAAUCACUAUGUAAUGUGUGCCCAGUUUCAUCCUACAGAAGAUAUUAUUGUAUCAGCCUCUUUGGAUCAAACAGUCAGAGUAUGGGAUAUUUCUGGUUUACGAAAGAAAAAUGUAGCUCCUGGUCCAGGAGGUUUGGAAGAUCACUUAAAAAAUCCUGGAGCAACAGAUUUAUUUGGCCAGGCUGAUGCUGUUGUUAAGCAUGUUCUCGAGGGACAUGAUAGAGGUGUUAAUUGGGCAAGUUUCCAUCCCACAUUACCUUUAAUUGCUUCUGGAGCUGAUGACCGUCAAGUUAAAAUGUGGAGAAUGAAUGAUGCUAAAGCAUGGGAAGUGGAUACUUGCCGUGGACAUUACAACAAUGUUUCCUGUGUACUGUUCCAUCCUAGACAAGAUUUAAUUCUUUCAAAUUCAGAGGACAAGAGUAUUCGUGUAUGGGACAUGUCCAAACGUACUUGCUUACACACAUUUAGAAGAGAACACGAUAGAUUCUGGAUCCUUGCAGCACAUCCUACCUUAAAUCUCUUUGCUGCUGGACAUGAUUCUGGAAUGAUUAUUUUCAAACUUGAAAGAGAACGUCCAGCAUAUGCCGUGUACGGAAAUGUACUUUAUUACGUGAAAGAACGUUUCCUUAGGAAAUUAGAUUUCACUACUUCAAAAGAUACAUCUGUUAUGCAAAUACGUGGAGGUGGAAAGACACCUCCUUACAGUAUGUCAUAUAAUCAACCUGAGAAUGCUGUUUUAAUCUGUACUAGAGCACCCAAUAAUAUUGAAAACAGCACUUAUGAUUUGUACAUGAUACCGCGUGAGGGCAGUUCAAGCACCGAUGCCGAUACAAAACGGGCUUCUGGAGUCACCGCUAUUUGGGUUGCUAGAAAUCGUUUUGCUGUCUUAGAUAGAGCAUAUUCGUUGGUGAUCAAGAACUUGAAAAACGAAGUUACAAAGAAAGUGCAGAUUCCGAACUGCGAUGAGAUAUUUUAUGCCGGUACUGGAAUGCUUCUGUUACGCGAUGCUGAUCAAGUAAUUCUCUUCGACGUUCAACAGAAAAGAACAUUGGCAGAAGUAAAGAUCUCUAAAUGUAGAUAUGUUGUUUGGUCCAACGACAUGUCUCACGUUGCUUUGCUUGCCAAACACACAGUUAACAUUUGCAAUCGGCGAUUAGAAUCUCUGUGCUCCGUACACGAAAAUACUAGAGUAAAAUCGGGAGCUUGGGACGAUUCAGGAGUUUUCAUUUAUACUACUAGCAAUCACAUCAAAUAUGCAAUUAACAACGGUGAUCACGGUAUCAUUCGUACAUUAGACCUCCCCAUAUAUGUAACCAGAGUCAAAGGCAACCAAGUUUAUUGCUUAGACAGAGAAUGUAGACCAAGGAUUCUUAGAAUAGAUCCAACCGAAUAUAAAUUCAAAUUAGCUCUGAUCAACAGGAAAUACGAGGAGGUUUUGCACAUGGUUCGCAAUGCAAAUCUUGUUGGUCAAUCUAUAAUUGCAUAUUUGCAACAGAAAGGUUAUCCGGAAGUUGCUUUGCAUUUCGUCAAAGAUGAAAAGACGAGAUUCGGACUUGCACUUGAAUGUGGAAACAUCGAAGUUGCUCUAGAAGCUGCAAGAACCCUUAACCAGAAGAAUUGCUGGGAGAGUUUGGCUCAAGCAGCCUUACUACAAGGAAAUCAUCAAGUCGUCGAGAUGUGUUAUCAGAGAACUAAGAAUUUCGAAAAAUUAUCAUUCCUUUAUCUUAUAACUGGUAACUUAGAAAAAUUACGCAAAAUGAUAAAAAUUGCAGAAAUUAGGAAAGAUGUGUCUGGACAGUAUCAAGGUAGUUUGUUACUUGGAGAUAUUCAUGAACGUGCAAAGAUACUACGGAGCUCUGGCCAAGCUUCUUUAGCUUACGUAACAGAAAAAAUUCACGGUAUUUCAUCUCCAGAAGAUGAUGUCCUCUACAGUUCCAUGAGCGAAGAACUAUCCGCUCUUGAAAAGGGAGCAGAAUACCUCCGCCCUCCAGUACCUAUUCAACAAGCAGAGAACAACUGGCCAUUAUUAACAGUCUCGAAAGGUUUCUUCGAGGGUGCGAUGAUGUCACGCGGUAAGAGCCAAGUGGCUGCCGCAUUAGCACCCGAGGAUGACAGCGCUGUACCCGCUGAUGGAUGGGGUAAUGAUGAAGAGUUGGGAAUAGAUGACGAAGAAGGUGUGGAGAACGAACAGGCUCCUGAAGGCGAGGAAAGCGCCGGAUGGGAUGUUGAAGAUGUGGAUCUACCACCUGAACUUGAAACUACGACAAAUGCAGUAGAAGAUGGUUAUUAUUCACCUCCGACUAAAGGAGUAUCUCCGAUUCAACAUUGGGUGAAUAAUUCCCAGUUAGCCGUAGACCACAUAUUAGCAGGGUCGUUUGAAAGUGCAUUUAGAUUACUGAACGACCAAGUCGGUGUCGUUGAAUUUGAAGCUUAUCAGAAUCUUUUCAUGAAUACAUUCGCUCGUUCCAGAACAUCAUUUGCUUCAUUGCCAAAUAUUCCUUCGUUGUAUGGUUAUCCUCAGAGAAAUUGGAAAGAUGCGACCCCAAAGAGUGGUCUCCCUGCAGUUGGAUUACAUCUUACUGAUUUAGUCCAGCGACUUCAAGUAUGCUAUAAUUUGACAACUGGUGGAAAAUUCCCAGAAGCAAUAGAGAAACUUCAAGCAAUUUUACUCAGUGUGCCGUUACUAGUUGUUGAUACAAGACAAGAUAUUGCAGAGGCUCAGCAAUUGAUCCAAAUUUGCAGAGAGUAUAUUCUAGGUCUGAAGAUGGAAACUGAAAGGAAGAAUCUGCCUAAAGCUACUUUGGCCGAGCAGAAACGAAUCUGCGAAAUGGCAGCGUACUUCACACAUUGCAACUUACAACCUAUUCAUCAGAUCCUUACUUUAAGGAUAGCUGUAAAUAUGUUCUUCAAGUUAAAGAAUUAUAAAACCGCUGCUUCUUUUGCAAGAAGGCUACUUGAGCUAGGACCUAAACCUGAAUUAGCGCAACAAAUUAGAAAAAUUCUACAGGCAUGUGAUAAGAAUCCUGUUGAUGAGCAUCAGUUAGCAUAUGACGAACAUAAUCCAUUCUCUUUAUGUGCAAGCACGUUUGUUCCAAUUUAUAGAGGAAAGCCGGAAGUUAAAUGCCCAUUGUGUGGCGCAAGUUAUUUGCCACAAUUCAAAGAUUCAGUGUGUAAGAUUUGUGAAGUUGCAUUAGUUGGAAAAGAAUGUAUUGGUUUGAGAAUAAGUCCUGUACAAUUCAGAUAAUUUUUUAUAUUCUUUCCAUUAAUGUAUCUGACACUACUAAUGAAUCAUGAUUAUUUCAAUCUGUACGUCACAGUAUAUUAAUAUAAGUUUUGCUAUUCCUUAAGUAUGUUAAUGUCAAGGGUAUUAUAUUUUCAAAAGUAUUGUAAAUAAUAUGAAGCAUACGAAUGUGUAUCCAGUCUUAAAAAUAUGUUUUUAUAGUAAUUCACUAAGUAAAACAUGAAUUUUAAUGUU